GAAGUAAUUAUAAGGCCAUGAAGAAGUGAUGUACGUGUAAACUGAGUGAAAGGCACGAUUCAGCCCUGACACGACUUCCUAACACGUGAAUGAAGGUUAAUUUCCGGAGCAGCCCACAAAACACACGACCUGAAAAGAACAUCACGACUUUCCAGCGCUAGACAUGAAAGAGCGAGGACACACUUCAGUGCGUCGAUGACGAGCAAAACAGCUCUGCUGGUGAAUCAUAAGAGUUUAAGAUGCAGUGUGUUUCCUGGAUCUCGGCUGCGCUCGUCCUGUGUGUGUGUGGAUCAGCGGUAGACGGACAAGGCUGGGACCUCACUGACUGCAAAGGCCUCGACUCUCAGGACAAAAUAAUAGAGUGCAUGUGGCAGUGCAGAUUGGAGCAGUUGGUUGGCAAGACUGAAAACCUGCUACCGAAUCAGCAGCGGCGCGGCACGGAAGACGAAGAUGAUGAGGAGGAAGAAGAAGAAGAAGAAGCGGAGGAUCACUUGAUCCUUGGGAUGCUGCUCUCACCUCUGGCUCCGUCUCGUGAACAGCUGUCCAGCAUGAGACCUCAGCGCAGUGAAGAGAGACCUUCUUACUCCAUGGAGCAUUUCCGCUGGGGGAAGCCCAUGAGCCGCAAGCGUCGUCCGGUCAAAGUGCACACGGCCGUCUCUACGGAUGACGAAGGAGGUCACGAGGAACCGUCCAUGGAGGCGCCUUUUCUUUCGCUCAGCAGACGUCAGGUGGAGAAUGGCAAAGAACACGAGCACAAGAAGAACGCAAACACAAAGAGUACCACGAAGUACCGUAUAACCCACUUCCGCUGGAGCGCACCCCCUGCCAGCAAACGCUACGGCGGCUUCAUGAAGCCGUGGUCCGAGCGAUCCCACAAGCCCCUGCUCACGCUGCUCCGCAACAUCAUCGCUAUAAACAGACAAUGAGCGAGGGAAGGAAAGGUCGCUCUUUAAUCGAGUCGUGUAUCCCUCGUUCUAGCCUUCAGUCACUCUUCAGGACUUCGUAAAACACCAGCGAGACGAGAUCUUCGCCGCUUCAUGAUGUUUGCCAUCCAUCUCGGUUUCAAAUGAUCCAUUUUCAACAACAUUACUUUCCUAUCGAUGUUUAUAUUCUUCGCACUCGGUUCUCCGAGACGAACUGUAAAAAUCACUCAGCACCUGUCCGUUUAUGAACGACAUUGUAAAUAUCAAAUAUUCAAAUAAACCUGCAAUGAUACAA